AUGAACUAUUAUGACAACUACUAUGGGGGUCUGGGCUACGGUUAUGGCUGUGGUGCGCUGGGCUAUGGCUAUGGUUGUAACUAUGGUGGCCUGGGCUAUGGCUGUGGUUAUGGUUAUGGCAGGUUUGGGUACAGCUGCUGCUACCCAUAUUGCUAUGGCAGAUACUUGUCCUAUGGGUUUUAUUGA